GUGGGCUCACAGGGUACCAGGACUAGCUUCUCCAUUCAAAAACACACAGAUGUUACUCCACGCUUCAGAUCAUUUUGCUGCUACUGGGCAGGCUCAUUUGCAGAGCUGGCUGGAAGGAACUGUAGGUUGGUUGGGUUUAUGUAGAGCUGUUACUCAUGGGCUGCAUUAACUUGGGGGACUGACAGCAGCUGCAGGAUUAGAUAAAGGGAUGCUUUGAAUUCUGCUUCUAUGCUUAAAGAAAGGAUUAUGACUGAAUGGAAGUCAGCUAACAGCAUGUGGUGGAAAUCUCAGACCAUUCACUCUCCAGACCUAAGGUGAUUAGAAAUGUUGGACUAGCCCUGGAGAUGCCGAAGAGACGAGACAUCCUCGCAAUUGUGUUGAUUGUUUUACCAUGGACUCUGCUAUUUACCGUCUGGCACCAGAACACCAUCUCACCGCUGCUGACUCUGCGAAAGGACGAUGGGAGUGAGGUUGGCAACCGUCGAGAUUUUGGACAGUCAACAGACUCCAAGGAGUAUUGCCCGCCAGAUAAGGAUAUUGUGGAGGUGAUCAGGACAGAGUAUGUUUACACACGACCCCCUCCAUGGUCGGACAUCCUGCCCACAAUUCACGUCAUCACUCCAACUUACAGCAGGCCUGUACAGAAGGCAGAACUGACGAGAGUUGCCAACACCCUGCUCCAUGUGCCCAACCUCCACUGGAUAGUGGUGGAGGACGCCCAGAGAAGAACGACACUGGUGACCCGGCUCCUCAAAGAGAUGGGCCUGAACUACACACACUUGAAUGUAGAGACACCUCGCAGUUACAAGCUGAGAGGGGACAUUCGCGAUCCUCGGUUUCCGCGUGGCACCAUGCAGAGAAACCUAGCGCUGAGGUGGCUGAGGGAAAUGUUCAACAUGAACAACACCCAACAAGGAAUCGUGUAUUUUGCAGAUGACGACAACACCUAUAGUUUAGAGUUGUUUGAAGAGAUGCGGACUACAAAGAAAGUUUCGGUCUGGCCUGUUGCCUUUGUGGGUGGACUUCGAUACGAAUCCCCAAAAGUGAAUGCAGCAGGAAAGGUCUACGGAUGGAAAACAGUGUUUGAUCCACACAGACCAUUUGCUAUUGAUAUGGCUGGGUUUGCAAUAAAUCUCCGGUUAAUUCUGCAGAGACCUCAAGCUUACUUUAAACUGCGUGGAGUCAAGGGAGGUUAUCAAGAAAGCAGCCUCCUUCGAGAACUGGUGACACUCAAUGACCUGGAACCUAAAGCUGCCAAUUGCACUAAGAUAUUAGCAUGGCAUACACGGACUGAGAAACCUGUGCUAGUGAAUGAAGGGAAGAAAGGUUUCACCGAUCCAAAUGUCGAAAUAUAAAUGCACAGAUGAAUUGUCCUUAAACCUGGCUCAAACCUGAUUGCCCUAUUCCUUCACCACACAUACAAUGGAUAUAAUGGUAGCGGUUUAUUCUUAGCAAAAGCAACAAUUUCAGAUGAUGUACCUAACAUGACUGGACAAUUGAAUAAAGCACAGAAGAGAUCUCUGAGAAAUGCUCAAGACUGUGAUCCAGGAUGUCAUUCGGCAAGGCUCUAUGACUUAUGACCAAGGAAACUAGAUUCCUUUGUAUGUGUGAGCACAUCCCUGUAAAGGUGGCUCUGUUGCAAUGCGUUCUGUUGCAUGGAACGGGAGAAUGCAUGCACUCAGUGUGAAUUCCAACCCAGAAAUAAAUAUCAACCUUGAAAGGCUUCCAUAAAGUACGGAAAAGCUGUGAAGAAGACUGGCUUGUAGGAGUGAGUUUCUCCAAGAAAUCCUUUCUACCAUUUACCCGAGGAUGCUUAAGGAAUGGAAUGUUCUGGUUUACAGACCUCGUGAGCCUGCUACUGGUUGUUUAUUCCUUACAUGUGUACGUAUUGUAUUCCACCUUCAUUCAGACCAUGUCGACUCAAACUCAAUAGUUUCCACGAGGUGUGUAAAGUUGACAAACUGUAGUGUCCAUCUCCUUUUUAGCAAGGGCUCCCUUGAGACUUGGGAUCUUAUCAGUCACCAGAACCUUACUGAGAAAAAAAACACACGAAUUUCUUCACCUUUAAACCUUUGCAUAUUCGGAGGACCACUGCAUUCUUAGUAGGCGUGUAAGAACCAUGAUGGUAUUCUGUGCUGGUUAGCCAAGGAGAAAAUGAGAAAAUGAGCACAGGAACAAAAUGAGCGACUCAAGUAGUUCCUCAAGGAGUGCAAUAUUGAAAUGAAUGCAACAAAGAUGCUCCAUUUAAAGCUGAAUAUUAAACUUGGUGGAUGUGACAUUUGUACUAAUACCCAAAGCAAAGCUAUUUAUUAAGUGCUCCCCACCUUGGGCGAUAUCACCCCAUUUUUACCAUUCAUUUAGGGUACUGAUCUCCUUGCCAUUUUUAGUUGUUUUUUUUAAAUGACCCAGACUUGGUUAACUGCAUCUGAUCUUUUGUAGGUUGAUGGCACAAAACAAGCUUUUAGCAGAAUCGGAACGUUUGAUGAUAUCUUUUGAAUAUGCUGAUGGGCGGAUAAGAUUGGAAGCUCUAGGGUAUAUUUUGCUUUAGGAAAAAUUGAUUCAAAUCUUGGCUUGCAGCAUGCAUUACCUUCUUUGCAAAAAAAAAUGCAGAAGAUAUCUAAACCAUGAUUUAAUAACUAUGAAAAAAUAUCUAGAACUAGGAAGGUAAUUAGAAACCGAAAAUAAAGGUAAAUUCUUGAGAAAUUAUACCAAUUUGGAACUGGCUAGUAUUUAAUGAUUUGUCCCACCUACAAAAAAAACUCUCUAAUUUAUCCACUGAUGCCUUCUGGUUACAGCAUUGAUCAAUUUGUAUUCAGUUACUUCUGACUUCUGUAACGCGCUGAAAUUAAAGGGUGGAUGUCAACGAGA